UACAGCCUGGUGGGAUUAGCGUAAUGGAGUCCAGAGCUUUGAGAGUCGACACAAGUCAGCUGCUGCAGUUGGUUCUUCUGUUCAUGUGUGUUCCGGUUUGCCACGGGUUGCCUGGAGUGUUCUCAGACAGAUCACAUGCCAACCAGGUUCUCCUACAGCGAUCACGGCGUGCCAACUAUUUGUUUGAGGAGUUAAAAGUGGGCAACCUGGAAAGGGAGUGCCUAGAGGAGAGGUGUUCUUAUGAAGAAGCACAUGAGAUUUUUUCCAUCCCAGAACAACUGAGUGAGUUCUGGACAAGAUAUUCAGUAGACUUGGACCAAUGUGCAGCAAAGCCAUGUCUGAAUGGGGCCACCUGUGUUGACCAGGUGAACGCCUACAUCUGCAUUUGUCCAAGUGGAUUUGAAGGGCGAAAUUGUGAUAAAGCCACAAUAUUGCCAGCCAGCUAUGGCUGUCUCUUUCGUAAUGGGGGAUGUGAGCACUUCUGCACAGAGACCCACAAUGCAUCACAUAUCUGCAGCUGUGCCCGCGGAUACAGUCUGGGGCAUGACAACGCCAGCUGCACACCCCGAGUGAAGUACGCCUGUGGAAGACCGAGGGUGUCGGACUUCAACCCCAGAAUUGUCAGAGGCUAUGUGUGUCCGCGUGGCCAGUGUCCGUGGCAGGCGUUACUAAAACGUGGCGGGACGUACCAGUGUGGAGCCAUUAUCCUGGGGACUGACUGGAUUCUGACCGCUGCUCACUGCGUGUAUCGCACAGAUCCUGCUCAACUGGAGGUGACUGUGGGCGAACACCAUCGUGAAGUUACUGAGGGCUCAGAGCAGGUGCGUAAUGUGACGAAAGUCCUUCUGCACGAACGCUACGACCAUGCUACCAAAGACAACGACCUGGCCCUGCUUCGGCUCAAGUCCCCGAUCACCCUCGGUAAUUUCAUCAUCCCAGUCUGUCUUCCCCCGAGUCAUGGUACCUUCAGCCGCACACUGGCAGGUAUUCGCAUGUCCAUCGUCAGCGGAUGGGGUCGGUUGGCACAGUCCGGACCACCCUCGCCUAUCCUCCAACGAUUAGAGGUCCCGAGGGUUCCGAACCAGGAGUGCACGAACCACACAGGCCUCCAGGUGACUCGCAACAUGCUGUGCGCUGGCUUUCAGGAGGGCGGGCGUGACUCAUGCCAGGGGGACUCUGGUGGGCCUCUGGUGACCCGCUACAAAAGUACCCAUUUCCUGCUGGGCAUCGUGAGCUGGGGGAAAGGGUGUGCCUCUGCUGAUUCUUAUGGCAUUUACACGAGAGUGGGCAACUACCUGCAGUGGAUUGAGAAAAACACCCACAUAGCCUGAAACUAGGAGAAGCCGAGGGAGAUUACAGCUGCAACCCCGAGACGUGAAGUUUCAUACUGUAUAUAUGGCCAACUAUCUGUAUGAAAUGAUUGAAAUAAAAAAGGAGUAUACAUGAUUUUGUUGCUUGUGAAAAUAAAGGAAACAUAAUUCAGCUCCACAAACAUGGCCGGAUGUUUAUGAUGACAGUUAAAUUGGAAUGGAAUGAUCUGGAACUGCAUUCCAACAUCUCUGAAUAAAAAAAGUGUGGUCUGUUUUUUAAUUAUUAAUUCCCAAUAUUGAAACUUUCAAUAAAAUAUGAAAAACAGUA